GUUAUCAUUUAAAUGUUUAAUAUAAUUUUUCUAGUAAAGCUAUCUGGGAUUGGAGAUUUCUUUUUGGUAAGUUUUUAUAAGUUCGGUUUCUUUAAUAUAUGUAGGGCAGCUGUUCAUAUUAUUUCAUAUUGGGGAAGUUGGCAAUAGUUUGUGCUUUUCAAAGAAUUGCUCUAUUUAAUCUAAGUUGUUGCUUUUGUAUGUGUGUAGUUUGUUUACAGCAUGCCUUUAUUUUCCUUUUAUUGUUUGUAGAAUAUGUAAAGAGAUUCUUGUAUUCCUAGUAAUGGCAAUAUAUAUUUUCUCCCCUUCCCAUGAUAUUAGUCUUGCUAGAUGUUUAUGAAUUUUAUUGAUCUUUUCAAAAUACCAACUUUGUGUUUGGUUCUUUUUUAUUACUUUUCUGGUUUUUUUUUUCUCCCUCUUUGGUACUGAGGAUUGAACUCACAACCUCGCACUUGCCAGGUAGGCACUUAUGCUGCUGAGCUAUAUCCCCAGCCCCUUAUGUUUCUGUUUAAAAUUUCACUGAUUUCUCCUUUUUAUUAUUUUCAUUCUUGUGCUUUCAAGUUCAUUUAGAUCCUCUGGUUUCUUGAGGUAGAAGCUGAGAUAGUUGAUUUGAGACUUUUCUUAUAAAAGCUUUUCUUUACAGAGAUUUGCAUUUUAGAACUGCUUUAGCUGCAGCUCACAGAAUUUUAUAGACCACAUUUUCCUUUUUUUUUUUGGUCUUUUUCGUUUUUACCGGUACCAGGGAUCGAACUCACGACUGCCUGCUUGCAAGGCAGGCACUUAUGCUGCUGAGCUAAAUCCCCAGCCCCUAGACCACAUUUUCAUUUUCAUUCAGUUUAAUAUUAUUUUACAAUUUACCUUGACAUGUCCUCUUUGACCAAAGGUUUAAUGAGAAGUCUGUUAAUUUCCAACUAUAGUACAUGGAGAUUUUCCAGUAUCUUUCAGGUAUUUUUUUCUAACUUAACACCAUUCCAGUCAGAUAGCAUAAUUUAGUAUGAUUUUCAUCCCUUUAGUUUUUUUUUUUUUUUUUUUUAUCGGUACCGAGGAUUGAACUCACGACUGCCUGCUUGCAAGGCAGGUGAUUAUGCCACUGAGCUAAACCUCCAGCCCCCAUCCCUUUAGUUUUGUCGAUAUAUGUUUUAUGAUUUUAUGACCCAGAGUAUGGAACAGCUUGGUGAAUGUUCCAUAUGAUUUUGAGGAGAAUGUGUAUUAUGCUUUUGUGUUCUAUGAGUACUGGUGAUUUCUCGUGAGGUACUAUGUCCAUUAGGCUUGUCCUUUAAGCUUGACUAUCAGACAGUGCUGUUCAGUUCAGCUAUGUGCAUAAUGAUGUUCUAUCUGGAGGGUACAUCAGUUACUGAAGAAGUGUACUGAAAUCUCCAGCAAACAGAGUGGAUCUAUCUCCUUGCACUUGGAUCAGAUUUUGCCUCUUGUACUUUGAUGCUUUGUUGUUAGGUACAUGAAUGUCAGAUAUUGUUGUGUCUUCUUUAUUAUUAGACUAUACUCUUCUUUGUUCCUUAUAAUUUUCCUCAUUCUGAAUGAGCUUUUUCUGAAAUCAGUAUUGCUACUCUAGCUUUCUAAUUAACAUUUAGCAUUAGCAUGCUUUAUCUUUCUUUAUGUCUUUACUUUUAACCUGUGUCUUUCAUAUGAGUUUCUUAUACAGUCAUGUAUAGUUCAGUCUUUUUUUGUACUCUGUUUCCUAAAACCUUUUCUCUGCAGUGCUGGGGGUUGAACCGAGGGUCCUACUACUGUGCCAUAUCCCUAGCCUGCCUUCUCUGGUUUUAUCUGAGCAUUUUGUAUUAUCUGUUUCUCCUUUUUUCUUAGUACAUCAAAUCUUCUUUUGAAACAUGUUUUUAAAUUUAGUUUGAAAAAAAUUUAAUGGUUGCUGUAAAUAUUGCAGUAAACAUUUACAAGUAAUAUAAUGCUCUUUCAAAGAGCAUUUUGGCACUUCAUAGGUAAUGCAGCAUCUCAUAGCACCUCAGUUCAGCCCUACUAUUGCUCUUAACUCUGCUGUCAUUUAAGUCACUUAUCUACCAGUCAUAACUGCCCAAUACAUUGCUGCUGUUAUUUUGAACAGGUAUAUAUUAGAUCAACUAAGAAUAAGACAAAUAAAGUAUUUUAUUUUAUCUUCAUUAUUUUUUCAGGGUACAUCUGUGCUCCUUGAAAACUAUUGCAGUGUUACGAAUUUUGCUUUCAGUUAUCAUACAUGUUUUAAAGGAUUUAAGAAUCCAGUAUUUUCUAUUUUUUUAUGUUGCCCUAAGUUUCUGAUCUGUGUACUUCUUUUCUUAUUUUUUUAAAGUACUUUACAUGUUUUUUGACAUUUUAUUUUGCAAAGCCAGUCUACCAGUCUUAGUUUUUAUCUUUUUAAUUUGAAGAAGAAAUUUCUCUAGCUACCGAAUUACAGGUUGUUGCCUUUUCUCACAACACUUGGUUUUAUUCCACCCUUGUUUUCAUUCAUGAUUUCUGUGGAGAAUUUAGAUGUAAUUCUUUUUUUUUUGUACUGGAGAUUGAACUCACAACCUCGCACUUGCCAGGCAGGCGCUAGUGCUGCUGAGCUAUAUCCCCGGCUCAAAUGUAAUUCUUAACUUUGCUCAACUCUGCAGGGAAGACAGAUUUCAUUCUGGCUUCUUUCAGUAUUUUCUCUUUGUCUUCAGUUGAUUGCAGUUUGAACAUGGUAGGUGCAGUUGUAGGUUUUGUGUGUUUUGCCUUUGUUUUUGUUUAUGCUUGCUCUUCUCUGCUUGGUGUUCUUUGGACUUCUUGGCUGUGUGGUUUGGGAACUGUUGUUUGGGCAAACUGUCAAUUAUUAUUACUUCUAAUAUUUCAUUUUCUCCUUCUCUUCCCUAUUUUAGAUUCCUGCUAUGCACAUGUUACAUUUUUAUAAUUAUCUUACAGUUGGAUAUUCUGGCACGUGUGUGUGUACACACACACAUCAUCAUCAUCAUCAUCAUCAUCAUUGUCAUUGUCAUCAUCAUCAUCCUUCUUUUCUCUCCUUUUCAGUUUGGGGACUUUCUGUUGACCUUUUGGAGCUGCCUGAUUCUUUCCUUUACUACUAACAAGCCCAUAAAAUGGCAUUUUUCAUUUCUGUUGCAGUGUUUUUGAUUUCUAACAUUUCCUUUUGGUUUCUUUUCACAGUGUCCAUAUCUUAGCAUCAUUUUUCACAUAUUGUCCCCCCUUUUCCACUCAAACCCCAGCACGUUAAUGUUAAAGUUUUAGUCUGAUAGUUGUAGGCCUUACUUGACUUGGUUCUGACUGUGUUAUUUCUGGCUUUUUGUGUACUUUGUAGUUUUUUGUCAUGAGUCAGGUUUGGUGUCUUAGUUUGUAGGAACUAAAGUGACAGACCUUUAUUUCUCUAGCUAGGGGUUAAUUUGUCUUGAAGGUUGACUGUAGCUGUGAACAUCAGAAGCUUCAAAUUCCCCUGGUCCAAGGCCCAGCUUCCUUCAGCAAUGCGUGAGCCACUAACCUUGCUGCUCCACAUCAGGACCUCCUGUGGUCCAAAAGCUAUUAAUCUUCCUGCUCCCAGUGCUGUCACUUCUCAGGAUCACAAGAGGUGAACUGAAGAUCUCUCUCCAGCCUUCAUACUUUCCUGGUCUUAGGGGAUCAUCCUUGUGGAGUCGAAUUCCUUUUCCCAGGUGUUUUCUGUCUCCUGUCCCCAAACAUGACCUCACCUAGGGUCCUACAACAAGAGAUCAGGGAGAGUUGGUUACCCAAGGCCUACAGCUAUCAGACUCAGUGACUGAACACAGGACAUUUAGAGGUUAGAUUACUGACUUCUUAGAUGCUUGUCCUCCGAGGGUGAUGCAUGGCCAUCAAAUAUACCCAUAUUGCUUAGAACUUUCUGUUUCGCCAGUAAGAGUCCCUUUUUAACAUUCAUCAGCCAGUUGAGAACCUGAGUUUCCCCAGUAAACCCCAUUGUUGGCAUUCAUUGUGCUGUCCAUUCCCAGUGAGUCUGCAGCAGCCCCUUUCAGCAUAGGCUUCCCAUUUAAAGGCCAGACUGGCCACCCAGCCUGUCCUUCCUUGGUAGUUGCUGCUUCCGUCUGGUUGGUGGCUCAGUCCUACUAGCGCACACAUUUGUCUGUGCUGAUGAAAUAUUUAAAAGUAAGCAGCCAGGUGGGGUAGUCAUAUCUGUAAUCCCAGCUAAUUCAGAGUCUGAGGCAGGAGUGAGGCCCAGGCAGUUUGUAAAUUCGAGCCCAGCCUUUGUAACUAGGUGACUUAGUGAGACUCCGUCUCAAAAUUUUUUUGUUUUUUUGGUACCAGGGAUUGAACUCAUGACCUCAUGCUUACUAGGCAGGCAUUUAUGCCGCUGAGGCAGAUUCCCUGGCCCAUGUCUCAAAAUACUUAAAAAAAAAAAUAAUAAAAGCAGGUUUGGGGAAUGUAGCUGAGUGCAAAGGCCGUGGUUGAAUCGCAGUACUGGGGGAAAAAAAGGAAGCCAUGGGAUCAUAGCAUCGCACACAGACAGAGAACCCACUGGUGGCAGCCAUGGAGACGGCAGAUGAGAAAGCCCUCAUCAGAUGCUAUAACUUUUGAUGACCUGAAAUGUGGCCUUCAGAAUCCCAGUAAGGGAAAUUUGCUUCCUGCUGUUCCAGAAUUGGUUUUAAUUUAAUCGGAAAAAAAGACCUGGCAUUUCUCACAAAAUCAGGUUUGUAGAAUAGUGUUAGUCAGCACCCCACAACUAUAGCAAACUACCUGAGUAAUCACAGUAAAAGAAAAACAGGCUUUUUUAGUCCAUGAUCAUUAAGCAUUCAUGGCCGGUGUGUCCCGGUAGCCAGGAAGCAGAGAGAGAAGAAAGGGCCAGGAGUCCAAUGUCCCCUGGAAGGACAUGGCCCCAGUGACCCACUAGGGCCCACCUUUGGCGCCUUUUCACACAUGGGCCUUGGAAGGACUUUUCCCAAAAUACCGCAGAUAGGCUCUGUAUUUGUUAUUCACCUGUGCAGUUAGAGUAUAUGUAUCAUUCAAAUACCAGUAAAACCAUGAAAUCACUCACAUUCAAACUUAACUGUCAGUUUAAUGGAGUAGACAGCGUUUCCUGCCAGGGCACACAGUCCAGUGACCCUGGCCUGGAGCCUCCAAGCUCUGAGACCCUUUCGUCUCUUAGGUUGCUUGUCUUGCGUAUUUUGUCGCCAUGGAACGCUGACCCACAUAUGCUAAUGCAGGGAGCCUGAGCAUGUGAGGCCAUGUGGCUGGUUGUGUAGCGGCCUUGCCUAGCCUGGCCUAACUGGAGGAGUACCUCCUGGGUGUCCUGCAGGCAUAGGCUUGAGUAGAGGCCCCUUUCUGUGUGGCUUCUUGGCUACCUUGUUCCCUGUUUCUCCCUGCUUCUCUCAACACACUUAGCACCAUCUAAAAUGUGAUUUGUGCAUUUUUCACGUGUCCUCUUACUGGAAUAUGUGCCCCCAGGCAUGGAUUUUGUCCGUGUUGCUGUAGUGUCUGAGGUCCUGGGUGGUGUGAGGUACGUGGUGGGUGCCCAGUGAGUAUAUGUGAAUGAGUGAUGCUGUUUUGCAUCUGGCUUUUCUCUACAUACCUCCCCUUUGCUGAGAUCAGGUCUUACCAUGUUGCCCAGCCUGGGUUCAAGCUCCUGGGCAUACAUACUCUCUUUAAGGCCUCUCUUUAAAUAAGGAACAAGCUCUCUGUGUCUGCGUGUGUCCACAUCAUGUACUUCUUUUUUUUACUACUUGGGAUUGAACUCCUGGGUUUUGCACUGAAUCACCUAUCCACCCUUUUUAAAAUUUUAUAUUUUGAGAUUGGCUCUCGUUAAGUUGCUAAAUUGCCCAGCUGGUCUGAAAUUUGUAAUCAACCUACCUCAGAUUUCUAGGAUUACAGCUGUGCAUCAUCACACUCAGCUUCCCUUUUAACAUAGCGCACACACACACACACACACACACACACACACACACACGCCCACGCCCACGUAGGCCCAUCUGCCCCCCUUAGCCUAACACUGCCCUCUGCCACUCUAGCCAGCUGGAGAAUUUCUUACCACCUAGGGUUGGUGUGACAGGAGGGGGUCAGGUGUGAUUCGAGAGGUAUGGCUCUUCUCUGACUCUUGUCUCCAGACCUUUAUGGGAUUUAUGCCUCUUGGCGGAGGGUGAAUAGAGCCCUGCACUUGGCCAUGUGAGUCCCUGGGCUGGGUGGAGCCUCUGUGGGCUUCAUCCACAAAGACGAGGCUCCUGGGUGCCGGUCUCUAAAGGCCCACAAUCAUCAGUACACAGCGAUCUUAGGUCCACUGAGGCCGUGCAGGCUUCUUGCGACAGAAAGAACGCUACAGGUAAUUGCUAAAAAGCAAAAGUAUUAUGAAAUAUGUAAAACCCUGGAGAAUAUUACAAGGCCUUCAAAGCAAAACACCCUUACUGGGAAAAGUAGGCGCAUGAGCCUGAGUCUUGUCUUUGUGCCUGGUUGGGAGACAGAUAGUUCAUGCUCCAGGUUGAGUUCAUGUUUUUGUUCUAAGUGGAAAUGGCUACAGGCGGUCCUUUUACUGCUGUGUGUUUGCAGUUCUCAGAAAACAACUGCGCUUGGAUGCUGUAGCUUGCAGUUCCCUCAGCACACUUCCCCGGGGGACCGGGCCUCUCUGCAGCAUCUCCUCGGAGAAUCUGAGGGAGCAAGAAAGGAAUGUGACUUCUUUGAGGAGAAAAUAAUUCUGAAUGAAUCUCCAUGCUCACAAGUUUAAGAGAAAAGAGGCAUCAGUUCUGUAUUUGUUUGGUCAGCUUCUUUAAGACUUUUUAAAAUCCUAAUUAGUUCUAAGGAGAUUAAAUAAAUGUUAUUAAUGCUUUUAAUUUCUGCUUAUUUGAUCAGCACAUUUAUUAUAUUCUAGUCAGCGUGUUUUGAAAUAGUUUUGUUUUCCAGCAGGAGCCUCAGCCUUGCAAGGAGCCUCAGGGAUCUCACACAGGUCACUCACAGAGACAAGGGAAAGCCAGGGAUGCCUCUGUCCCCCUCUGUCCACAGCGGACUGAGACAGCUGGCCUUGGUGCAUAGCAAAGUUAGUCAGUCCUUUUAUAAAAUAGUUUAACAUGAUUGAAAAUAAAAGGUAAGCAAAAUGGAAAAUCAGAAGUUUAAGGAUGAAAAAGCCAAAGGAAAAGUGGUAAAUAUAUGUGUAAAGGCACUGCAGUCUUGACUAAACCAACUGAUAUGUACUUUUAAAUGUUAUUUUAAAGAGAAAAAAACAAUUUUUUUUUAUUGGUACCGGGGAUCGAACUCACGACUGCCUGCUUGCAAGGCAGGUGCUUAUGCCGCUGAGCUAAAUCCCCAGCCCCCCAAAAAACAAUUUCAAAACAAGGUAUUAAGAGAAUAACAAUAGUUAAUACAUUGUGUAUUGUUAUCUUUAAAUUAUCAGAGCACAAGACAUAGGCAUUUAACUAUCCAAACAAAUUAGCACAAAACUUUCUUUUCAGUGUGCUAAGAGAACUUGCUAGUAUAACUUUAACUGUCUUGUGUGUGUAUCUUUCCUUUUGAACAGUAUCUUCCCAUUUUACAAGAUCUGUUGUAUAUUUUGGAUCUUCUUUACUGUUUUAGCUUCUCACACUAGGGAUAUAAUAUGAUAUUAACACAUGUGCUUCUAGGUUAUAUCACUUAUGAGUAUGGUCUCAAGUUGUAUCUACUUACCUAUGUCUCCAGUUUAUCCUUCUUUAUGGCUGAGUAAUACUCUAUUAUAUAAAAAAUCACAUCUUUUUUAUUCAUUCCUUAGUUGAUGGGCAUUUAGAUUGUUUCCAAGAUCUAGCUAUUACAAAUUGUGCUGCUAUAAACAUGGAUGCACAUAUAUCACUGUGGCAUGAUAUUUUCAGUUCUUUAGAGAAGAUACCUAGAAGGGGAAUAGCUGAAUGGACUAGGAAAUCUAAUCCUAGUUUUUGAGGAAUUUCCACACUGAUUUCCACAGUAGUUGCAUCAGUGAAUACUCCUAGCAACAGUGGAGAAAGGUCCCCCCUCCCAGCAUUUGUUAUUGCUUGAUAUCUUUUUUUAAAAAUUUUUUUAGUUUUUAUUUUAAAGGGGGUAAAAUUAAACACAACAAAACAGAACAAAAUAGGACAUAAGAAAGCAAUGUAAAAGAUAAAAAUUUCAAAGCUAGAUGACCUGAGAUCUUCACUAUCUAUGAUAUUGUCUCUUGUUUUCUUCCAAAUAGUUGUCCAUGUCUUCACAUACAGAGAAUUCAUACAAAAUGACAUAGUAUAAAACUGAUCUGAACAGAAUGAGGAAGGCGUUUUAGGUCUUUAAAACCAGACAAUAGGAAGUCACUAAUGGCAGUGGUAGAGUCUCUCGUUCUCUUCAAAAUAGCUGUUCAACUUUCAUGUAUAUUGAAGUUCAACAAAACAAAACAAGCAAGGGGGAAGGGACUGCUUGGUUUCCCAGCAUUCCAGGUCCCAGCAUGGCACAGGUCCCAAUAAACGCUAGUGUCUCCAGUCCUGGGCCGCCACAGCCUACCACACUCACAGCCGCUCACGGGGGUGGGGUGGGGUGUUUGCUUGGUUUUCUGGCGCUCCAGAUCCCAGUGUGGCGUGGGUCACAGUUGCUUCAAGCUUCAAGCUGUUUCUUUCUAAUGAAUUGACCAUUUCACCGCCCAAGUUCUGAAAUGGCCAGUAGACCAUAGAAAGACAUCUCUUUAGGCUCCAGUUAGAAACCAACAGUGUCAGGAAGCUGCUGGCCUUCAUUCAGGGCAAGUUGCUUGAUUUCUUGAUAGUAACCAUUCUUUCUUGGGUGAGACAGAAUCUCAGUGUUGAUUUGAUGUGCAUCUCUUGAAUGACCAGUGAUAUUGAAUAUAUUUUUCACAUAUUUAUUUGUUGUUCAUAUUUCUUCAUCUGAGAAGUGUGUUUUCAUCUGAUAUCCCAUUUUUGCAUUUGGGAGGACUUUAAAUCUGGGAGGACUGCAAUUUUUGAAUUAUUUAUAUGUUCUCAAUAGUACUUCUUUGAGGAACAGCUGGCAAGUAUUUUUUCCCACAUUAUGGGUUGUCUUUUCACUCUGUUGGUGAUUUCUGUUGCUAUGCAAAAGCUUUUUAAUGAAAUAAGAUCCCAGCAACUGAUAUAUUCUUACAAAGCUGGAAAAUACAAUGUGUUGCAUAAGAUUAGGUCAUUUAGACCUCUGCCUGGGGUCAAGUAGAAAAAGUUGGACAAAUGACUAAAGCCGUGAUUCUAGUGCAUGAAGCUUUGGGGGAGUGGCAUUUAGAUAUAAACCAUAAUCAAUCUUUGGGUUUCAACAGUAUGAUCAUAAUGUCCCUCAGGAUAGGGAUCUCUCUUGAGAUUUUAUUUUCUUCAACCUUUGUAUGAAUGUCUUUCAUCAAAAUGAGAAAUUUCAGGUUAUAUUUUUGGUACCAUUUUUCUUAUUGGUCAUCAGACUUUUAGACUAUUUUUAUCCUUUUUUAUUCUUGUUUUUUGGGAGGAUACAAUUUUAAUUGUGUUAUUUUUAUACUCACUGCUCGUUCUGCUUGCUCAAAAAUGUUGCUAAUAAAUGUGUCACUUCAGUUAUUGUGCUUUUCAGUUCUAGCAUAUUUGUUUUUUCGUUGUUGUUAUUUCCACUUCCUUACUGAUGUUUUUAUCUUGUUCAAUGUUAUUUUCCUAAUUUUCUUUAGUUUUUGUCCAUAGUUUUCUUUAGGUCAUUGAAAUUAUUUAUUACAGCUGAUUUAACAUCUUUUAAAAACAAUUCUAGUAUCCGAUCUUCCUCACGUUCAAAUAGAUUUCUUUCCAUUUUCCCCAGUGAAUGGGCCAUGUGCACCUUCUUGUUUCUUUGUAUGCUGAGUAAUUUCUUCUUAAGAGCUAAAAUUCUGAUUCAGCCACUCCUCAGGAUUAAAGAUUUUUACUGACUGAGGGCUGCAGUGCUAUUUUGCAAAUUGUGCAAUCGUUAUUGUAUUUGGUGACUGAAAUUUUUCUUCUGGGUCAGCCACAAUCUGGCAAAGGCCUCUGUCCCCAAAGGAUGUUCCUGUCUCAGUGUCUUCUAGAACAUGCUUCUGAGGGCACCUGCUGCAGCCUGGAAUGUGAAAGCGAGGCAGGUGUCUGCUGCAGUCCCUUAGGAGUUGCCAGCCCAAUCAUGUCAUGGAGGCCAGGGUCCCACAGAUCACCUGGCAAUGGCCAGAUUCUCCAGGGAUGGAGAGCCACACUGUCACUGUACUAGUGUGGCUACAGAGUGGGAGGUGGCAGGACACAACACCCCUUACAAGGAUAUCUGGCUCUCCUCUCGUGUUGUUAUGUAUGUGAUCUGGCUUCAGAAUUUGGAAGUAAUGAUGUUAAUGAUGUUAAUCAGUAGCUUGGUUGCUUUGGUGGAGGGUUGUCCCUAGGACUGCCUGAAUGUUCUUGGUUAUAUGGCUGCAAAAAUUGCAUUUUUCCAAGCCUAUAAUUUCUUCUACAUUCUUAAUGACUCUUUCUAGAGAAGGGAGGAAGGAAAGAAAGGGAGAAAGUGAUACCAGAGCUUUCUUUACAGUAGAACUUUUAGUUGAAUUUAAGUUAGAUACUGGUAUCUUUACUGAGUGUAAAGAUUUCUAUAUUUGUAAUGAUGAUUCAUAGAAAGCUCCUUUUAUAUACUUAAAACUGCAUGUGCAAACUCCACAUGUGGAUUAUUGAGUAGCUAUUUUGCAGUUGUGUGUAUGGACAAAAAAUUUGUAUCAGUAGCUGUAAUCUUAGCGCAAAAGUAUACGUGGUUAUAAAAAUUUUAUUUACAUAAGUUGAUGUAGAAUUUGAACAUGCAAGAUUAUUAGUGUAUGAUUAUUAAUCUUGCAUGUUCCGGGUAAGUGGAGAUUGUCUGCCUGCACAGCUGUGGGUGUGCUUAGGGCCACAGCACAGGUAAACAUGUUACCUGUUUAGCGGGACCUCUUUCGUUUCUCAUAAGGUCCUAGUGAAGUUGUUCACAUCAGAUAACUGAAGCCCAGUGAGGUGAAGUAAGUUGUCCUGCAUCACAGAGCUCCCUUUAAAAGGGGACUCUGACAUCAGAGUCCACUGUCCGAACAGACCAAGAUGACUACUUUAGAACUAAGAACAGUAGGUUUUCCAAAACAGUUCAAACCUUGAUAUCCUUACAGUUUCUGAUCUAAAAACUACUUUGUAGGGAGAAAAAAGAAGUAACAAAUGAGGAAUCAGCUUAUUUUUGUGUUGUUGAGACUGGAACAAUAAAAAAGAGAGCUUGUUAAGCUUUAUUUGACAAACACAGCUUUCAGGCGUGGAGUACAGCUUAGUUGUAAGUGCUGGCCUCACAAGUGUGAGGCCUUGGGUUCUACAUCCAGCAUCACACAAAGAGCCAAAACCAUAGGUUGUGAACUUUACUACGGAGAUAUAAGCAAAGUAAGUAAAUAGCAUACAUUUUGGAAAACAAGAAACCAAUUAAUGCAGAAAUGAAUUCCAGCUGCUCAGAACUGCUGAAGUGUGAAGGUAGAUUAUAGAGCGUGAGGCUGCUGGAAGCUGCUGGGCUAGAACCAAAAGCUGGCUUCAGCAUUUUAUUGGGUGUAACAUUCUCUCCCUACAGUUUACACCCGUCUUGAAGGCUGUUCCUGGUCUCCUCCACACAGGGUGAGCAGACUUGCAGAGGUGCUGGUCUGCUUCCCGUUGCAGCCAUAUUCUGGGCCCCUGGUGAACUCUCAGGGGCAGAUUAAAUUCCCUCAGUGCUGUGCAUAAAUUAAGUGGAAACUAACACCUAACGUCUCAGCCUCCAGAGGGCUGCGCUGUCUUGCUGAAUGGUGGCCCAGGACAUUUGUCUCUAUGGCAUUGUGUAGUUUCUUUGGACACAGGAUGAAAACAGGAUUUUGGUUCACCUAAUGCAGCAGCAUUUUAAUGUUUAAAUUUUAACUUAAGCCUUCUGACAUCAGAGCUAUUAAAAUUUACUCAUUUCAAAUUCAAAAAAAUAAACCUGAGAAACCAGGUGUUGCUCUUUAUUUAGAACAUUGUCUCCAGCUCUGCAGUUGGCUGCUGCAGGCAGGCCAAGUUUUCAUGUGGUUUGAUAUGGGCACAUCUUAAACAUGUGUGAACUCCUGAGGAGAGUUAGAUAAAUAAUUCAGUUUUGAUGAAGAAGAAACCAAAGAGGCCUCUAGACUGCCCAGGUAAGUAGUGUUUGUUAUUUAUGACAGAGCUCUCUGUUUGAGGCAUACUUGAGAACCUACAGAGGCCAGGCACCAGCAGGCCUGGGGAAAGAUGGGCAGAGCUCUUGCCUCAGGCUAGGGUGGCCUGGCUGUUUGUUUCUUGGGUUCUCCAGGGUUGAGGGGGUGGGAAGCUGAAGGAUGUGGUGGUAUUCUUACCCUUGGGGAGUCUGAACAGAGGACACCUGGUUCCUGUGCUCUGGGUUCAGCUGACUGCUCUUCUCAGGAGGGUGGAGAGCAGGUGGGUAAGCUUCUGGAAACAGGAUCCCCCUGUGGGUGGGAACAGGCCUCUGGGGUUAUUGGUGCCAGCACCACAGGAAGCAGUAGCAUCGGAGUGGCUUCCUUGCAGGAAGCAUCUACCACGUUCUGCAGCUGCAUCUGUAAUGGCUGGCAUGGGAGUCUUGAGGUCUCCAGUGGCCAGCAAGGUAUUUUGGUCACCAUGGCAAUGGUGGGAAGCUGAGGCAUAGAAGCUAUGACCAGUCAGAGCACAGCAGCCUGGGGUGGCUGUGCAGGGGUCCCCAGGUCUCACAGCAAGGGCCAGGACGAGGCACUGGAUCUCCAGCUGUGUAGUGAUGCUGGCAGUGUCUGCAUCGGCUUGGAGCUGACUUUCAUGGCCAGGAAGAGUCCUGUGAGUCACAGGGACCUGCUGCUUGGCCUCCACUGACCCUGGUAGCAGGAAUGUGGCCAUCUGGCUGAUGCUGUCACCACCUGCACAGGAUCCUGCUCAGACUGUGGGACCUCUGCAAGCCAUUUGUGGUGCUAACACACUGCCUAGGCCACUUCAUAUACAUUUUGGUAACUAACACAGAAAAGCAGUGCCCAUGAUUUGACCAGACUUUGAAGGCUGGUCAGAGGGAUUUUCCACCUUACAACAUCCCCGAGAGCCCUCAGCCAGCAUAACUCUGCUUCUACUGCUAUGCCUAAGUUUCCCACCAGCCCCACUUAGCACCCUGGGAGCUGAAGUCCGGGCCCCUCUGGCAGGGUCUUGAGUUCCUGGUGGGGACACCCAGUGGCUUCUCACCACCCAUGCCAUGCCCAGAGGUCAAGAAUUCCUCACCCAAGGGUAGGUGCGAACUGAGGGAACUCUGGAAAGCAUAUUUUAGUGUAAUUCCUUUCAGGUAAAAAUAAAAAUAAGCUUUGUACUAUUUUCACAAGACCCUCUACUUUUCUGGGCCUGUGCUGGGCUCUUCUUUUUUAGAAUGGCAUAGGCAUGUACGUGAGGAGCUCUGUAGCAUCUGGCCACUUCUCACAGAGGAAGAAAACUGAAUGAAAACAAAGUUCCCUGAGUUAGGAAGUCACAGGCUCAUCCACUCAGAGGAAGAGACCAAAACUCAAGCUUGUCGCUCCUUGUCUUCUAUUCCAUUCUGGACUGUGACAGCAUUUCACCCAAGUUGGCGUGUGUACCACUGGCCGUAUGCAGUUCAGGAUGGCCUUGAACUCACGUUGUAGUCCCAGAUGGCCUCAGAGACUCUGAUCCUCCUGCCUCAACCUCCUGACUGCUGAAAUAACAGGCCAGCCUGCUAUGGGAUGGAUGAAGAAGACAGUUACUACAUCUCACAGCUCAAGGAUGUCUACAACAGCUGUGAUACCACAGGGACAGGCUUUCUGGACCUGGAGGAGCUGAUCCAGCUGUGCCGGAAACUCCACCUGGAUAAGCAGCUGCCUGCCCUCCUGCAGACUCUGCUUGGAGAUGACCUCAAUGCCAGGGUCACCUUUGAGGAGUUCAAGGAAGGGCUCGUGACCGUGCUGUCCUCCAAGGCCAAUGGCGACCUUGGCAGUAAAGAAGCUGGUUCUUCGCAGGCAGCUGCUGUCUGUGCUGUGCCACCAAAGUACGUGAGCGGCUCCAAGCGGUAUGGCCGUUGGAGCCAGCCAGAGUGGAGAGCCUCAGGUGCUGAAGCCACAUGUGGACCAGAGCAGCAGGCCAGGGCUGGGCUAAAGGGCCAGCUCUGCCAUGCCGCAUCCCUGGAGAGUGUAGAGAGCCUCAAGUCUGAUGAGGAAGCCGAGAGUCCUAGAGAACCUCAGGAAGAGCUGUUCGAGGCCCAAGGGCAGCUGCAAACUUGGGGCUCUGAGGUUUUUGGGAGCAUCCAGAAGUCCUGCAGCUCCUCCUGUGCCUCACCUGAGAGCCGGAUCCAGGGCAUCUGGGAGCAGCUAGGAGUUGGCAGUCGUGGCCACCUGGAUGAGCAGGAGCUGGCUGUGGUAUGCCACAGCAUCGGGCUCCUUGGACUCGCAGAGGAGGAAUUGAAAGACCUAUUCCACAAACUGGACCAGGACGGUGAUGGCAGAGUGAGUCUCGCAGAAUUCCAGCUCGGCCUGUGCCAUCACAAGCCCAUGCUGCUUCCGGAGUCUCCCCUCCUCAAGCCCUGGUCCCACAGCCAGGGGCAGGUCCCGGAGGAGAGCGGCUGUCACACCGCCACCACCACCUCCUCCCUUGCUUCUGUGAGCUGUGGCCUGCGCCUCUUCUCCAGCAUCGAUGAUGGCAGUGGUUUUGCCCUUCCGGAGCAGGUCAUCGCCACCUGGGCCCAGGAGGGCAUCCGCAGUGGCCGGGAGAUCCUGCAGAGCCUGGACUUCAGCCUGGAAGAGAAGGUUGACCUCCUGGAGCUAACCUGGGCCCUGGACAACGAGCUCCUGACAGUCGACAGUGUCAUCCAGCAGGCGGCCUUGGCCUGCUACCGCCAGGAGCUGAGCUACCUCCAGGAGCAGGUGGAACAGCUGGCACGGGAGCGAGACAAGGCCAGGCAGGACCUGGAGCGGGCUGAGCGGAGGAGCCUGGAGCUAGCAAGAGAGAUGGAUGAUGGCCACACUGCGCUGGAGCAGCUCACAGAGCGGAGGAUCCAGUGCCUGGAGCAGGACUACCAAGGACGGCUGAGUCUCCUGCGGGCAGAGGUGGCAGCGGAGCGGGAGCAGGUCUGGGAGCAGGCCUGCAGGCAGCAUGCUGCACUGGAGCAGGACUUGGGCCUCCUGCGGGCUGAAGAGUCCAGGCUGCGCCACAGGCUGGGGCUGGCUGCAAAGGAGAACAGCCGGUUACAGCAGGAGAUCCUGGAGGUGGUAGGGAAGCUCUCGGAUUCAGAGAAGCUGGUUCUGAAACUGCAGGGUGACCUGGAGUUCAUACUGAAGGAAAAGCUGGAGCCACAGGCCAUGGAGCUCAGAGGCCAGGAGGAACGGUUCGAGGCUGUCCUGAAGGAGUAUGAGCUCAAGUGCCGGGACCUGCAGGACCAGAAUGAUGAGCUUCAGGCCAAGCUGGAGAGACUGCGCAUGUGGCCACCUGGGAAUGGGAGUCAGCAGUGCCCUGCUGGGGAACCUAGACACCACUCAGCAGGCAUGUUCUCAAACAACUCAAGGUCAGUGAGUCUGGAAACAGAGAUCAUGGUGGAGGAGAUGCGGGAGCACUGCCAGGAGCUCAGGACCCAGCUGGAGGCCAAGGUAAAUGCCUACGAGGGGGAAAUCAAGGCCAUGAAGAACAGUUUCGAGAAGGAGAGGAUGGAGCUGGAGCAGGUGCGGCAGCGGGAGGUCGCAGCGCUGGAGGCCCAGAGAGCAGACCUGGAGGCACUGUGCGCCAAAUCCCAAGAGGUCAUCCUGGGCCUGCGGGAGCAGCUGCAGGAGGCAGCCGGUAGUCCCAAGUCCGUGAGGGCCGGGCCUACCUCCUGCUGCGCCCAGGCACUCUGUGACCUGACCCAGUGGCUGGAGCUUCGCACACAGCGGCAGUACCAGGGCGAGCUGCGGCAGAUCAGACAAGAGGCUGCUGCGGAACUGAGCUGGAUGUUGUCCCGGCUGGAAGCCCAGCAUGACACAUGCUACAAGAGCCUGGUCCCACGGCACCAAUGUGAGAAGGACUGGCUGCGGCAGGUACUCCUGCAGCGGGAGGCAGAGAUGCAUGUGCGCUGCCAGGAGCAGCAGCAGAGAUUGCAGGCAGCCCUGGGCAAGGAGCAGGUACAGAUGUGCAGGUGCUUUGCCCUGGAGAGGAAGAGACUGGAGCAUGCCCACUGUGAGCAGCUGGAGCACUUGGUCCAGGAGGCAGAGGUGCUGCAGGCCCUGCUACGAGGUGGAGCUGCAGCGACCAUUGGCAGAGAGUGGAAGGGGGCACCCAGCCACUCUUCCCUGUGCCCAGGCACCCCUGGAGGACCAGAGAAGCUGGUGGGAGACUGGCCUGGCCAGCCCUGCUGUGUGGAUGCUGUGUUCCAACAGCCUCCAGAGAGCCUUAACCACGAACAGAACUGCUGGGGCCUGCUGGACCUGGAGGAGGUAGUGUCUGACCCCUGCGAGAAGGGGUCACUCAGGUGGCCCCCUGGGCAGAGUGAAGGGCCCGACUCUGAGAAGCAAGCACCUUCUGCCAGGGCCACAGUAAGUCCAAGCCAGCCUGAUGUUCGGGAGCAGCCCUCCCAGGGUGUAACGGGAAAUGAUGCCCUGCAGACCUGGCUCCAGCACCACCCAGGGCCCCUGCUGCUGCACCCUGAGCUGCCAAACCAAACAGGGGAAACUGAGGCAGAAAUAGUAGAGAGAGAGACUGGCAUGAAAACCAAACUUCUGCAGCUGGAAGACAUUGUCCAGGCUUUUGAGAGAGAAGCAGAUUUGAGAGAGAGUGACAGAGUGGAGCUCCAGAGGCUUUCUGCAGCAAACAGUUUGUUGAAAAGUGAUCUGGAGAGGAUUCAACAGGAGCUUGGAGCUGCAGAGCACAUGAGCAACCAGCAAAGGCGGGAGAUCGAGGUCCUGAAGAGAGACAAGGAGAAGGCCUGCUCAGAAAUGGACGAGCUCAGCAUCCAGAAUCAGAAAUACAAGAAUGAAGUCUUGCAGCUAAACUGCAGGGUCCUGCAGCUGGAAGGGGUUGCUUCUGCCCAUCAGGCCCAGAAUGAGGAGAACCUUGCAACUGCUCAGCUGUUAACCCAGAGGCUGCAGGAGGCAUCGCGACAAGAGGAGCAGCAGGAGGAGGAGCCACGGGACACCAUGGAAGGGCAAGCAGGUGAGAUGGAGCAGCUCCUGCAGAAGCUGGACUGGCUGGAGAAGAGUGCCAGAUCGGGCCUGCUGCUGAAGGAGCUCUAUGUGGAAAACGCUCAGCUCACAAAGGCCCUUCAGGUUGCCGAGCAAAAGCAGUGGGGUGCUGAAAAGCAAAACCGCAUCUUGGAGGAGAAAGUCCACGCCCUCGGCACACUGAUCAGCAAGCUUGCGCCAGCAUCUCUGUCUGUGUAGCUGCUUGCCUUCCCAGAUGUCAGCUUAGGGAAGAUCUUGUGACUAUGCAGGAGUGCAGUGAUGCCCAGCCAUUCCGGAGGCCAGCAAAUACACAUGGGCAGCAGCCAUACCCUCGUCAGUGGUUCUGGACUCUUCCCCAUCAGCUCCUGGUUCCCUGUGAGGCAGCUCUGGGGCUCAACAGAGAGCAACGAAGAGAAAUGGUGAAACGCUCAGUGCUGUGUUCUCAUCUGGACAGUGUGGAGGCAGGGCUCAGAUCGGGCCACAAGCUCCAGUGGCUCCCCAAACUGCAUCCAGCACUGGGAGGGACCAAAGCCCCUUGAGGGACUGUAGCGUGUCCAGCAGGGCUGGUCUGACUGAUGCCUGCACACUCAGGGACGAUGGUGCAUUGCAGAUACAGUCAUUUCCUCAUUGAAAUGUCCUCACACUGGAAAGUGCACAUGUGUAAAAAAAGUAUAGUUUUGUGUCUGAAAUAUACAUAUAUUGUGGUCACUGGUUUAGCAGAAUGUACUACUUUAAUGUGAAAUUACUGUAUUUUGACAUCAGUUCUUUUUUAUUAAAACUGACUUAAUUUUUUGAAAUUAUAAAAUGUUAGUUGGAUGUGAUGAUGCAUACCUAUAAUUCCAGAAAUAUUCAGGAAGCUGAGGCAAGAGGAUCACUAUGAGUUUGAGGCCCUUCUGGGCUAUACAGUCAGUUCAAGGCCAGCCUGAACUACAAAAGGGAGACUGUCUCAAAACAAAACAAACUUGUAAAAUAUUUCAAGCAUGCAGAAAAAGUGUUUUAUUUUGUUUCACAGUAAUAGGGAUUGAACUCAGGGAGCCCUAAACAAAUCUCCAGCCCUUUCA